UUUUGAUGUUUUUGUAAGUUUAUUCGCUUGAAGAAGAGAAAACAAGAAAAGAGAAGACUCUUGUGCAAUCGCUGGAACGUGGAACACCUGGAUUGAGGUUCUCCACGGCAACAGCAGAUCGGCACAACGCAACGCAAAAAAAAGAACAAGUCGGAAGAAAUGACGUCACGUUACGAGCUGAACGCCCCGCUGCAGGGCCCAUCGAACGCCGGCAUUAUUGUUCCGGCGAGUCUACGGUUAAAGGACAACGGAUCAUCGUCGGCAACGACGCCGGAUGAUGACGACGACAUUUUGAACGUCGUCGAGCCGGACUACCAGCUCCGAAAGCGGCGCGUGUGGUCACCGGAGGAGGAAGACUCGCUAGCGUCAGAGGACAUUGACCUGCUCGACGACGAUGACGAGCUGGAGGAGGAGGAAGACGACGGAGUCGGUUGUCCGCUGCCGUCGACCCCCGAAGACACCCAGCUGCUCGAGGCCGAAAUGACAGAAGUGCUCAAGGCCGGCGUCCUGUCGGACGAGAUCGACCUCGGAGCGUUGGCGCACAAUGCCGCCGAACAGGCCGAAGAGUUCGUCCGGAAGGUGUGGGAAGCGUCGUGGAAGGUGUGUCACUUUAAGAACCUUCCGGCCUGGCUCCAGGACAACGACUUCCUCCACAAGGGCCACCGGCCUCCGCUGCCGUCUUUCAGCGCCUGCUUCAAGUCCAUCUUUCGCAUCCACACCGAAACCGGCAACAUCUGGACGCACCUGCUCGGCUGCGUAAUGUUCAUCGGAGUGGCCAUUUACUUCCUGACGCGACCCUCGUUCGAAAUCCAGUUCCAAGAGAAGCUCAUCUUCCUGUCCUUCUUCAUCGGGGCCAUCGUGUGUUUGGGCUUCUCGUUUGCGUUCCACACGCUCUGCUGCCACUCGGAGAUGGUCGGCAAGCUGUUUUCAAAAUUGGACUACUGCGGAAUCGCGCUGCUCAUCAUGGGUUCGUUCGUUCCUUGGCUGUACUACGGUUUCUACUGUCACUACAAGCACAAAAUGAUCUACCUUACGGUGGUCAUCGUCCUGGGCAUCACGUCGAUCAUCACCUCCCUGUGGGACAAGUUCUCCCAGCCGAACCUGAGACCAUUGCGAGCGGGUGUCUUCAUGAGCUUCGGCCUGUCCGGCAUCAUUCCGGCCAUUCACUACGUCCUGAUGGAGGGUUGGAUCAGCAAAGUUUCCCAGGCCAGCUUGGGUUGGCUGAUUCUGAUGGGCCUGCUGUACAUCCUGGGUGCGCUGUUCUACGCGCUGCGAGUACCGGAGAGAUGGUUCCCCGGCAAGUGUGAUAUCUGGUUCCAAUCGCAUCAAAUUUUCCACGUGCUGGUGCUGGUGGCCGCCUUCGUGCACUACCACGGAAUCAGUGAGAUGGCGAUGUACCGGGUAACGGUGGGCGAGUGUGACAUUCCGCAGCAUCCGGCCAUCAGUUUUUGAGGCCCUUCGUCUCACAACGAGUACCACUAGGUGAAAGGGUGUCGACGACGACGACGACACGUCCUGGACGAGGAACGGAACAAAUUGUUGAGCGAUGAAAAUUCCCCUCCCCCGUUUCUUUUUGCGUUGGCCUCCUCCCUUUUCCCUUCUAAUUUAGCGCAACCAUUAGUUAGAGAACAGAAAUAUGGAGGAUUUGUAGAUUGAUUCUAUCAAUUGUAUUAGUUUAGGUUCAUCCGAAUGAUUUCUUCCGCGUGACCCGUUUGUCGAUCAGGAAAGAGAGAUUUGUUUUCGGUUUCUUUUUGUUUGGGGGAUCAAAGCAGCAAAAGCCCUAUUGUGACGAGCUUUUUGGAACCGGGUGCGAAGGCGAAAACCAUUAACGGGAGCGCGAGUGUUUUUUGCAGAUUUUUUAUUACAACUGGUAGAGUGUAGUGAAUCAAAGCAAAAAAAAUAAUCAAAUUCAUAUUUUAAUUCGUCUCAUAAAUCUAUAGCAUGAAAUAAAAUUGAUUCAUCAAUGUCCGCGUGUGAAUGUGUAGAGACACUAAACAGAAAAAAAAACCUAGAAGUUAACCCUUACAAAAUCCGGAAGAAUCUUACCAAACCUUACCCCGUAAGCAGCAGUAUGAAUCCUUCAUCACACCCAAAUGCUUUAAUACGUCCCCAUUUUUUAGAUUCCUCUAUUUCACUUUGUUAUUAUUUUUUGUUUGUUCUUUAUAGUGUAUGAAGCAAGCCGCAAAGUAUAAGGUUUAAAUAAAAACAAAACACACACACAGACACGUUACAAAAUAACAAAAAGAAGAAAAAAACUAUAAUUAUUAUAAACUAAUGAAAUAAAUAUAGUUCAUAAAUGUGGUGGAAAACACAUUGCAAUUGCAUGGGAUGACAAGUGUAAAAAAAACUAUAAUUUAUUCACAAUACAUACCCGGCAGAAAUAUUACAAAACAAUAAAAAAAACGUAUGAGCUAUGAAAUAUA